UGCUGCUGCUGCCUCUCUGAUUCAGAUAAAUCGAAAUUGUUGCAUAUCGCAUCGGCAAACGGGUGACAAUAAAACGAAACAUUUCGAUACCAUCGAUUCUGGCCAAAUUUAGUGCGCGAAAUGUCUUCAAAACUGAUAUCAUCGUCGUUCCACAGUUCGCCCCUCAGCGACUGUUUUAAGGUGGGCGCAUUUGAGAGACGUCUGGAUGCUCUAUUAGCCGAUCUGCAAAACAGUGUGCCGGGUCAACCGCAGCCGUCUCAGCCGCAAUAUGGCACUGUCCAACCCAAACAACAACCUUUGCAACACCAACAGCAGCAGCAGUAUGUGGACAAUACUCCAGGUUAUGGAAGUCUCAGGGGCAAGGCCCAGCCUCAGGUGUAUCAAGAGCACUACACCGUAGAGACUCGCUCUCCAACGGCGGGACAGGACUUUAAUGGUUCCUCCACGAUUCCGGGCUAUGCCAACCAGGGAUCUCUGCCUCGUAAGGCGGCACCUGGAAGCACAGGACUUUCAGAACUGGACUCCUUGCUGCAAGAUCUGCAAAAUGCUCGCUACAAUGGAGCGGAUAAAAAGGAAAUUGAUGUACCGGUAAACUACAGCACUCCAGUCUCGAAAUUCAACACGCUUAAUAGUUAUGCCACCGUGGAGGAGCGUCCCACAAUGGACAGUCUGCUAAACGAACUGGACAAUGCUCACAUCUAUGCUGUGCCCAAUGGAUCUGCACACAAAUCACCGACUCCAGGACGCCAUGUCACCAUUACUGUUCGUGAAACGAAGACGGAGAAGCUCUCGGGACCCGAUGGGCCAGUUGGCACUGUUGAGGAGCAGAUUGUGCAGCAGAAAGAUUCUUAUACGCCCAACCAUGCCGUUGCGGGUCAACAGGUUCAUCAGGCUUAUACAUCGCAGGCCACCAAGGAACUGGAUGACCUAAUGGCAUCGUUAUCCGACUUCAAGGUUAGCAACGGAACAAACGGCAUUGGAAACGGAAACGGAAGUCAUCCGCAACAGCACUCGUCGACAGUGCACCACCAGACGGUAACCGACUACGCCAGACCGAACCAGGGCAGCCAGCAGGCCCAUCUCACCCAGACGAUCGAGGAGACGACCAUCGUCGAGGACAGUCGCGAGGAUCAGUUGGAUUCUAUGCUAGGCAAUCUACAGGCCAAUAUGAGUCGCCAAGGAGUCAAUACCGUGCAGAAGGGCUGUUGCAAUGCCUGCGAGAAGCCGAUUGUGGGCCAGGUUAUCACCGCUUUGGGCAAAACCUGGCAUCCGGAGCACUUUACGUGCAACCAUUGCAGCCAGGAGUUGGGUACCCGCAAUUUCUUCGAACGCGAUGGCUUUCCCUACUGCGAGCCAGACUAUCACAAUUUGUUUAGCCCUCGUUGCGCCUACUGCAAUGGCGCCAUCCUGGACAAGUGCGUCACGGCGCUGGACAAGACCUGGCACACGGAGCACUUCUUUUGCGCCCAGUGCGGCCAGCAGUUCGGCGAGGAGGGAUUCCAUGAGCGCGAUGGCAAACCCUAUUGCCGCAACGACUACUUCGAGAUGUUCGCCCCGAAGUGCAAUGGCUGCAACCGGGCCAUCAUGGAGAACUACAUCUCGGCGCUGAACUCGCAGUGGCAUCCGGACUGCUUCGUCUGCAGGGACUGCAAGAAGGCCGUUCGCGGCAAGUCCUUCUAUGCCAUGGAGGGCAAGCCCGUCUGUCCACAGUGCGUGGGCGUCGAUGAGGAGGAGUAGGAGCGAUCCAACAGUAACAACAGCAGCAGCAGCAAACUUGUUGCUGAAGUUCAGCAGCCAAACGAAAAUAGAACCCGGUGGCAGCGGCUUCAGAUACAUUUUUGUAUCUAGCUGCGUGCCACUUUUUUUCUUUAUUAUCGGCUUCAUGAAGAACUUGCGGCCGAAAAAACAGCUGCCCGCCGUCCGUCUGGGGGCUAUUUUCGUUGCGGGUCUAGGAGCAACACAGCAACAACAUACACACAGCAGCAGCAGCAACAUACACAACAGCAACACGCACAGCAGCAACAUCGGCAGUGGCAACAGCAAUCUAACCCCCUUUUUACCCCCUUUUUUGUGCGCUCUGCCCCAGCUGGCCCGCUCCCUUUUUCGAGGGGGGUUCAGGUGCCGCUGGGGAAAAUGAGUCUCGAGUCCCUGAAAACCAGCCCUCUAUGAUGGUCUUUUUGCCCCCUGCCCCUGAAAGCCCCUUGACUUGUUGAACUUUUUCUAUGCAAUUUUUGUAGGCUUAAGUUUAUAGGUACUUUUUAAAUUUAAAAUCAUUUAUGAAAAUGACCAACAAUAUUGUAAUUUGUUUUUGUAAAUAAAAUUUUAAUAA